AUGACCUCCAUCUACGACAACAUCCCUGCUCUUGAUACUUGGUACCAUAGCAAAAAUCAAGGUACUGAACCUUAUCAAGUGGUGCCUUGCGUAAAGCAAAGAACAAAUAGCAACACUGUUUCCUUUUCAACCGCUCCUCCUGCUGUGUACUGUUACGAAAAUAAACAAAAAGUUCUCGAAAGACCACUCCAUAGAAGAAAUAGCAGCUCUGAACAUGUCAAGGAAUUGCUGAAGCAUUACACCAGCAAACUUUCAAGGCAAUUGAGCAAUAGCUCUCAGUCUGGUUAUCGUCGAGCCUAA